CCCCGGAAUAUCCGCCGCCAUCACACACCAUGGCUUCGUCGCCGCCCCCCGUAGAAGACCAGGCCCGUCUGCUGGAAGAUGCUCUUGCCGUGGUGCGUCAGCAGACGAUGCUUAUGCGGCGGUGCCUCGAGACGCCCGGCAAGCUGAUGGAUGCGCUCAAAUGCAGCUCUACGCUCGUCUCCGAACUGCGCACCAGCAGCCUCGGCCCCAAGCAGUACUACGAGCUGUACAUGGCCGUCUUCGAUGCCCUCCGCCACCUUUCCGUCUACCUGCGCGAGAACCACCCCGUCAACCACCUCGCCGAUCUGUAUGAGCUCGUCCAGUAUGCGGGGAAUAUAAUUCCCCGCCUGUACCUCAUGGUCACGGUGGGUACCGUGUACAUGGCUAUUGAGGAUGCGCCCGUCAAGGAGAUCAUGAAGGACAUGAUGGAGAUGAGUCGCGGCGUGCAGCAUCCCAUCCGCGGCCUGUUUCUUCGCUAUUAUCUGGCGGGUCAGGCGCGCGACCACCUGCCGUCUGGAGAUAGUGAGGGGCCGGAAGGCAACCUGCAAGACUCGAUCAGCUUCAUUCUGACCAACUUUGUGGAGAUGAACAAGCUGUGGGUGCGUCUGCAGCAUCAGGGCCACUCGAGGGAGCGCGAGCAGCGCACAAAAGAGCGCCAGGAGUUGCAGCUGCUUGUAGGGAGCAACUUGGUCAGACUGAGCCAGCUGGUGGACCUGGAGAACUACAAAAAGAUCCUGAAUCCGCUCCUGGAGCAGAUUGUGCAGUGUCGAGAUGUUCUGGCGCAGGAGUACCUCCUAGAAGUCGUCACCCAGGUCUUUCCCGACGAAUUCCAUCUACACACCCUCGAUCAAUUCCUCUCCGCAGUCGCGCGACUAAACCCACACGUAAACGUCAGAGGCAUUGUUGUAGGACUCAUGGACCGGCUAUCAUCAUAUGCGCAAAGAGAGGCCGAGACCGAGAGCCCAGAACAACGCAAGAAGACCGAAGAAGACUCGAUAGCACAGCUCAUGGAGCAGUUGCGCAUAGCAAAAGAGAAGGCGUCAGAGCCAGCACCGUCCUCCACGCAACAGAAUGGAGAUGCUGCGGAGACAGAACCGAACGCGGAAGAAACAUCAAGCGCGUCAUCAAUAACAGCUGUUUCGGCUGCGGACACAGAGGCGACCGUAACAGACAACGAGAUAGAAAAGAGGCGCGGCAUACCGAAGAACGUCAAACUCUUCGAAAUAUUCCAGGAGCAGGUGCAGACGUUGGUGAAGAUGCAAAGGCUACCCAUACAGGACACAAUUGGGCUGCUAGUGUCGCUUGCCAACCUUGCUUUGAACAUCUACCCCGAACGGCUCAACUACAUCGACCAAGUACUUACAUUCGCGAACCAAAAGGUCGCCGAAUACCAGAACAGUGCCGACCUACACUCGCAAGCGACUCAAAGUCACGUCCUCAGUCUUCUCCUUUCUCCCGUCAAGACCUAUGUCUCUCUUUUCACGGCGCUAGCACUACCGAACUUCAUCCCUCUCUUGCAUUCUCAGCCAUAUCCUACGCGCAGAGCUGUGGCAGGCGAAAUUGCAAGAAGUCUGAUGCGUAAUCAAACCCCGAUCACCUCUGUAGAGAACCUCGAGAGCGUGCUGGAGAUUCUCAAGGUUCUCAUUCGGGAAGGCAUUCAGCAAGCAACUGGCUACCCAGGUGGCCCUAUUCAACGAAGGGCAAUGGAGACAGAAGAGACAAUAGAAGAACAAGGUUGGUUGGCGCGGAUAGUACAUCUUAUCCGUGGUAAAGACAACGACACACAGUUCAAGCUGCUCCAAGCCGCACGUAAGGCAUUUUCGGAAGGUAACGAGCGCGUCAAGUACACUACUCCCGCCAUCAUCACAGCCUCCCUCAAACUCGCUCGACAGUACAAGAAGCGUGAGCACUUUGAGGACAAUUGGCAAUCGCAAUCUUCCGCUCUCUACAAGUUCAUGCACAACACUCUGUCAACCCUGUACACCCGCGUUACUGGCUCUGCAGAUCUCGCCCUCCGUUUGUUUAUCGCCUGUGGUCAAGUUGCCGAUCAGAACAACUUCGAGGAGGUCGCAUACGAGUACUUCGCUCAAGCCUUUACGAUUUAUGAGGAAGCUAUCAGCGACUCGAGAGCGCAAUUCCAGGCUGUAUGUGUUAUUGCAAGUGGCCUUCAUACGACAAGACAUUUUGGCAAGGAGAAUUACGAUACCCUGAUUACGAAGUGCGCGCUCCAUGGAAGCAAACUACUGAAGAAGCCAGACCAGUGUCGCGCUGUAUAUCUUGCGAGUCAUCUUUGGUGGGCUACCGAGAUCAGAGCGUUAGGGGAAGAGGACCCCAAGACUCUUUACCGCGAUGGUAAGCGCGUUCUUGAGUGCCUACAACGUGCACUUCGUGUUGCCGACGCGUGUAUGGAUGCUGCAGUAUCAGUCGAGCUGUUCGUCGAGAUUUUGAAUCGAUACGUGUACUACUUCGACCAGGAGAACGAUGCCGUGACAACGAAAUAUCUGAAUGGCCUCAUCGAACUAAUCCACUCGAAUUUACAAUCUAACGAAAACGCCUCGAGUCUCGAGAACCCGAGAAAACAUUUCCAGCGCACGCUUGACUACAUAGCGAGUCGGGAGUAUGAGGGUGUAGUUACGACGGCGAAGUAAUCGGGUCAGGGCAGCGCGAAUAAUGCAGAGGGGUGUAGAGGAGGGCAUCAUUGGUCCAAGGCUUGGACUCUGAGCUUCUUGUACAAUUAAUCGCAAGGACUUGCUCAGCAUAGCGACAUAUGUGCGCUGAAUCGAUUGAGAUGUAAUAUCGUUUGCGACGAUGACAUGGUUUGGAUGAAGAUCCAGGUGGUGUUUCAUGCACGGUGAGAAGUAGUGAUGAUUGUAAAUACGUGGAAUUGUCUUGAC